GUGGCUUUUUACGUUUGCUAUAUUGAUGUUUGACAGGGUUACGUUUUUGUGUGAAAUAUAAAUUUUAUAUUGGCUUGUUGAGAAGUCGUUCAUUGCCGAUUAUUUGGAAGAUAUGUUAAAGUUCAUUUAGGUAUAAAAAAACUUUUAAAAUGCCAUUAUUGAAAAAUGAUCUGUGGGUACUAUUCCUAGUUUUUUUAAUUCAUGGCUUUCAACAAAUACAAGCUUCCACACAAAAAUACGUAACAUGUGGCUCGGUAAUAAAACUUCUCAACACCGAUUAUAGAGUAAGGUUGCACUCCCAUGACGUGAAAUAUGGAACAGGCAGCGGGCAACAAUCAGUUACAGGAACUGAAAUACAGGAGGAUAUCAAUAGCCACUGGAUGGUCAAAGCAGGCACCGGCAAGCAUUGCGUGAGAGGUCGACCGAUCAAAUGCGGAUCCGUAAUCCGAUUAGAGCAUGUGGAAACUAAGAAAAAUCUUCACUCUCACAAUUUCCAGAGCCCUCUGAGCGGCAAUCAAGAAAUAAGUUGUUACGGUAAUGGUGGGGAAGGUGACUCUGGGGAUAAUUGGACCAUUGUGUGUUCUGGAGAUAAUUGGCACAGAGACGAUAGCGUUAUGUUCAAACAUGUGGACACUCAAAUGUACUUGUCAAUAUCAGGGAAAACGUUCGGCAGACCAAUAACAGGCCAAAUGGAAGUAAUCGGAGUUUACUCCUCUUCCGGUUCAGUACAUUGGCAGACAGCGGAAGGGGUGUUUAUACAUGCUGCCGAUAGUUCAUCUCAACACACACAUUCUGCCCACGAAGAAUUAUAGAGCAUAAUUAGAUUAGAAAGAACUGUUUGUACAUUUUUUAUUUUAUUUAUUUAAAUACUUGUAUCAUAUUGCGUGAUUAUGAUAAAACAGGUUGAUUUGUGUUUGAAUUUGAUUUGAUUAUUUUGUGGAGAAAUUAAAUAACUUUUUGA